AUGAACAAAUAAACUGAAAAUUAAGAAUAACCCACUAUAGCCCAGCAAGUUGAAAAGGCUUUAGAUGAAAAAGCACUUCACAUUUUAUUUUUAUCAGAAAUUAGGUUAAAAAAUUAUGAAAAAGCUUUAUAAAUAGCUUAAUAAAUUAUUAAAAAAGAACCAAAUAAUGAGAAAAUAAAAUAAUUUAUUGAAUUUUUGAAGGAAAACAGCAAAGAAUUAAAGGAAAUGGAAGAAGAGGAAGAAUAAGAAAAAUUAGAAAAAAGAGAAGAAGAAUUGGAGAAUGGAGUAGACUAUGAUAGUGAUGAUACCAGUGAUGAAGAAGAAGAUGACUAAUUUGACGAUGAGCAUAAUAAAAGUAAUUUUAGUGCAGCCUCUACUAAUGUUUCUCUUUCAGUACCUAAAAAAGUAGUCGAAAAUAAAGCCUAGAUUACUAAAACUGAAAUUAAAUAAAAUUCUUUAAAUAAGUCAACUUCUAGCAAAACAAUUAGCACUGCAUCAUCUUCAGCCCUUAAUAAAAAUUCAACAAUUCCUUCUUCAACAAAAUCAACAACUUCUUCUAAAACUAUCUCAAGCGGUAAUACUAUUUAAAAUAAAUAAAGUAGUAGUUCUACAUCAAAGACAUUAACGAAUACCGCUUCAAGUAAAACCUUAACAAAAUCUGGUGGAACAUCUGCUUCAACAUCAACAUUAAAAAAAUGA